AUGCCUACACAUAUUACAAGCGACCAGUACAUUGGAAAUCCCCGCGAAGUCUCACCUAGGGGUCUCAUACAUCCUGACAUUGAGCGUCAUGACCAUUCUGCGGAUACAGAUCGUUAUCUACUCCCUACGCUCUUUGCUGGAGACAAAGGAGUCGUCAUUACUGCCAAAUAUCCUGGACCGGGAAUCUUUCACAUAACUGAAGGAUACGUCGCAGCCGGGGCAUACUAUCCUGUUGAAACCUUAGGCUCCGUGUUUCAUGUGGAAGAGGGCUCGGUUAUUCGGUGGAACUGCGAAUAUCCUUCUGGUGUCAAAGGUUAA